AUGAGCUCGCCUUUCUCCUGUCUUCCAAAUGAAGUUUUAGUUCUCAUCUUAAGAAGAUUGAGUCCUGCUGAUAUCAACAACUUAUUCGCCAUCGGUUCAAUAGCUCAAAGACUUAAGCAAUUUAUCAGACUGAUUAAGGAUUCUUCACAAACAAGGUAUUUCCACAAUGUUCCAUCAGAAUUAGACUAUAAAAUCAGUGGGAAUAUUGCCAUCCCAAGUAUUGGAUUACUUCAGCUGUUUGAAAUAUCAGAUAUAUGUCUUUUCAUGGAUAAGAUGACACAUGUUCAAAAUGAAGUUUCUAAAGUUGUUGUUUUUUUAAAUCAAGAUUUUGCAAUUGAUAUCUUUGGUAAUGGUGAUUAUGACUCAGAAUAUAGAGCUCAAAAAAUGUAUGCCAGGGUUCUUAGAGAGUAUGCUUGCAGAGGACCUAAACUUUUUGACCAAUUGUGUUUUAGUGCUUUUGAAUUUUUCGAAGAGAUUGGUCUUGUGUUUGAUCCUGCAACAUUUCAUAUACCAAAAGUGAAAAAACUCAUCUUAUCUGAUUGUGAAAAUAUAAAUGAUUCAGUUAUGUUUGAUUGCAAAGAAUUGGAACAUUUAGAUAUAAGCGGACCUGGUUUCAAUUCAUUUUCAAAAUCCCUUAAUUUUGAAUUCUUGAAGGCAUUAGAACUUUCAGAUGUUGGAGAUAUAAACCUUCAUAGAGUACUUUUCAAGCAUUUGGAGCAUUUUACUAUCAAGAAUAGACCUCGUCCUUAUAGUUCUAGUCCUUCAAAUUCAGUUGUUAAGAUCUCAUGGUGUAUUUUCCCUAAAAUGAGACAUAUAGUGUUUGAAGCAUCAAAUAAAUUGGAGAUUGAUAAGUUGGCUACAUUGAAUCUUUUAACAAUGAAGAUUAAUUCUGAUGAACAAUUAGUUUUCAAAAAUACAAAGUUACCAAAAGUUGAAUAUAUUGAACUUACAUCUAAGAAAUUCCCAAUUAUUGAAAAUGUCGAUAGUCAAAGUUUAAAGCAUGUUUAUCUAGAUAUUAAUGACGCUGGUAGCUCAUCAGCUGAUCAUGGAUUUUUUAAACAAUCACCAAGUUUAUGGGUUAAUAAGUAUCCAAUUGAAUUCUUGCAAAAUAUUGGUUCAAAUGCUAGUUUUGAAUAUUUUGGUACUGUAUUGAGAGAAGAAGAUAAAGCAAAAUUAGGCGCUAUGAGUCCUUUAAAUGCUAAAUGUAUUGAAUUAAAGCUUAUUGGGGAUCAAUUUGAAUCAAUUCCUAAAUUGAAAGCACCUUUACUUAAAAGUUUAAAAGUCAAUUGUUCUGCGUUGAAAACUCUAGAUAAUAUGAAGAUUGAUUAUCCAAAUUUAGAAGAAUUGAGUUUGAAAUGUUCAGGUAUUCCUUUAAAUAUCAUUGGAUGGAUUCAUCCAAACUUGAAAAGAUUACAAAUUGAUGCCACUAAUCAACCGUUACAAUUCAUUGGAUCUCUUGAAAACUUGGAGGCUUUCACUGUUACAAGAGAUUGGGAAUCAUUGAGAUCGGAUCCAGAUGAGAUAAGAGUUUCAAUUGAUAUCUCAGCCCCUAAAUUGAUCACAUACGUCAUGGAUCGUGUGAAACUAAGAUUUUUGAAUGUAUUAAAUUUCCCAAAUUUACAAUUACUUUCAAUUGAUAAAGUUGAUAAUUUAAUAGGUGGUGAUCUUAAAUCUUUGAUAAGAUUAGAUUUGAUAGGAUCAAAUAUGAAUUUAUUGAAAUUAAGAGCUCCAAACUUGGAAGUUCUUGAGUUAUUCAAUACUAGAAUCAAGACCCGGAAACUUGAUUCAGGACUUGGUUUAUCACCACAAGCUAAAAGAGAAAGAUUUGGUUCUGAUUAUAAUCCUGAAUUGGAGAAAAUUGAAACAUUCCCAAAUUUAUAUACUGAAACAUAUUUGGACAAAAUCAGUGAAAAUAUUCCAUUGAAAGAGGAUGAAGGUGAUGGUAGUCAUUUUGAAACUUAUGUUUCAAAUGGUAAAUUUAAAAAAAGGGAUUUUUCCAAUCCAAGUUACUCUGAUGAUGAAAAUUUGAUGUGA